AGGAGGCGGCGGCGAGGGGCCAAGUGGCACGGGAGUGGUGGCGCGGCGACGUAGGAGGCGGCGGCGGCGGGGCCUGGUGGGAUGGUGGGUCCAAACGGCGCCGCAGGAGGAGGAGGAGGAGGAGGCGGCGGUGAAGGAAGAGCGGGACGGGUGCGACGACGGCGGAGGCGCGGCGGUUCCCCCUCGGGACGCUGAGCCGAAGCGAGGCGGCGGCAGGCGUACGGCGCCAGGAUCCCCGUGUCCCGGGGGCAGCAACAUGGUCCGGGAGAACAAGCAUCUCUGGGUAGGCAACCUGCCGGAGAACGUCCGCGAGGAGAAGAUCAUCAAGCACUUCAAGCGGGCUUCAGAUAACAGGGAGCGUGCUUAUGAGCCUAGUGCCUAUGGACACCAUGAACGGGGGACAGGAGGAUUUGAUCGCACGAGGCAUUACGACCAGGAUUAUUACCGGGAUCCUCGGGAACGGACUUUGCAACACGGACUCUAUUACAGUUCUCGGAGUCGCAGCCCGAGCCGCUUUGAUGCUCAUGACCCUCAUUACAAACCUCGGGCUCGGGAGCAGUUUACGUUGCCCAGCGUGGUACACAGGGAUAUCUACCGGGAUGACCUCACCAGGGAGGUCCGAGGUAGAAGGUCGGAAAGGAGUUACCAGCACAGCAGGAGCCGGUCACCCCAUUCCUUCCAGUCCAGGACACAGUCUCCCCAGAGGCUGGCGAGCCAAGCGUCCAGAUCCAGUCGAUCACCCAGCGGAAGCGGUUCUAGGAGCCAGUCUUCGAGCAGCAAUUCAGUCAGAAACAGCAACGACAGGGCUUCAGAUAACAGGGAGCGUGCUUAUGAGCCUAGUGCCUAUGGACACCAUGAACGGGGGACAGGAGGAUUUGAUCGCACGAGGCAUUACGACCAGGAUUAUUACCGGGAUCCUCGGGAACGGACUUUGCAACACGGACUCUAUUACAGUUCUCGGAGUCGCAGCCUGAGCCGCUUUGAUGUUCAUGGCCAUCAUUACGAACCUCGGGCUCGGGAGCAGUUUACGUUGCCCAGCGUGGUACACAGGGAUAUCUACCGGGAUGACCUCACCAGGGAGGUCCGAGGUAGAAGGCCGGAAAGGAGUUACCAGCACAGCAGGAGCCGGUCCCCCCAUUCCUCCCAGUCCAGGACACAGUCUCCCCAGAGGCUGGCGAGCCAAGCAUCCAGAUCCACUCGAUCGCCCAGCGGAAGCGGUUCUAGGAGCCGGUCUUCGAGCAGCGAUCCAAUCAGAAGCAGCAGCAAUACCAGCAGGGACAGCAGCGACUCUAGUGACGAGUCCUCAGCCCGUUCGGUUCAGUCGACGGCUGUUCCAGCCCCCACCUCCCAAUUGCUUCCACCUCUGGAGAAAGAUGAACCCCGUAAAAGUUUUGGGAUUAAGGUCCAGAAUCUUCCUGUGCGUUCUACAGACACCAGCCUCAAGGACGGGCUGUUCCAUAAAUUCAAGAAGUACGGGAAGGUGACCUGUGUCCAGAUUCACGGGGCCUCCGAAGAGCGAUACGGACUGGUGUUCUUCCGGCAGCAGGAGGACCAGGAGAAGGCCCUGAACGCCUCCAAAGGGAAGCUGUUUUUCGGCAUUGGGCCACAGGAUGGGGUCCCUGUGGUUACAAUCAAGCAGUCCAAGAUGAAACUGUGA